AUGUGGAGAAUGAGCAGCACACCUCGAGGUUACGCCCUGUGGAUUGCAAAACGUUUCGUGGCUGUCUACCUAAAAUUGGACCGCGAUGCGAAUGCUUCAUUCGGCUACGCGGGACGAUGCGUCGUGGUGGGCCUUCUGCUUGUUUUUAUCUGGGCUCAGGCGCGGGGCCUCGUUUGGCUCGUCCAGAGUCUCCUGAACAUGUUGAAUGACGAUGAGGAUGCCAAGAAAAAAGCGGAAGAGAAGAAGAAAAAGAAAGACAACUGA